AGUAUAGGAAGGUGAAUCCAAAAUAAUUUGGAAGGAGAACCUAGAAGGUGAGGAUGGAUAGAUACUACAUGCCUGUUAAUAGGGAGGAAGAUGACAGUAUCGACCAUCAAUACAAGGUGUAUGAUUAUUCAACCAAUGACUACCAGCGGAAAACACAAGCUAAGCCCAGUAAGAUGAAGACCAAAUACUGGCUGGGAAAGCAGCAGUUGCGCCAGAAGAUGGGAAAAGAGGAGGACCGGUGGGUAGUGAAGGGAGACUCUUCUCUUGAUGCCAAACUCAGCUACUUUCAUCAUGUGAACCAUUCCUGUAACGAACUUCUGCUGCUGUGCGACAGACUCCAGCACCAUAUGAAGGGACUGUCCCUUCAAGAACUGUUGUUGGGGAAGUUUCUUGAUGCUAGAAGUAAGCACGAAGGUACUGAAGCAGGCAAGAUGAUGAGCUAUAUUGGCUACGCUGAGGAGUACAUGAGCAAAAAACGAAAUACUCUGUAUCCUAGCAUUACGAGGCUUAUGGGCGACCUUGGAGUGUUCCAACAGAAAGCAGUUCAGGACUGCAGUUUCACUGUUGACCGGAUGGAACAGUUUAGAACAGAGUUCCGCGCGUCUCUGCUGUGGCUAGAUAACAUCAGUCAGGAGCUGAACCCCGAGGAUAGAGAACAGUUGGAGAAAUUCAGGAAGGUUCAGUCUCUGACACGGGAGAAGCGAGUUGAGUUUGCAAGGAUGAAGGACAACACGAUCCAGAAGAUUGAGAUUCUAGCUGCGUCACGUGUUAAUCUCUUAUCGGCUCGAUUGGAGGAAUAUCACAUCGCAACUCAGAAGUACCUUCGAUCAUCAAUCAAGGCUCUGCAAGAGGUAGUUGCUGCAAAAGAGAGGUUAGACGUUAAAAUAGAAGAGAAACGAAUAGCUGACCUUGAGGCAGAAAUAGACGCACACAACCCCUCAAAGAAAUCAACAAAACUGCUCAGCUCUGCUAGCUACUCCGACCAAGCGUUGGAAGAGAACGGAGAAGAUAGUAAAACCUCUGACGAUGCCGCUCAGCCACCCAAACUGAAGGAUCUCCAACACCAGUCAAACUUUUCGGAUGACGACGAGGAGCUGGUAAACCUGCAUGAUGAUUUCGGGGACUUUGAGACAGCUGAACCUAAGCCAUCAGACAAUGUGUUUGAACAGACGGAGACAUUGGACGAUAUAUUUGGACGGUUAUCUCCUGUGACCAGCAUGCCUGAAGAUGCAGAGCUAGACCUGAUAGGCUUAGGAUUGGUGGACGCAGACGGCGACGAUGACGACGAAGACGACACAGAAGGGGCGAUGGCAGGAGGUCUAGUUGGAGACCACUCUUCUCAAUCUGACCCUGUCCCUAACAUUCCAGAAGGAGUUGACUGGUUCGCUAACCUACAAAAUCAGGACCCGUCGGGGGAGAACCCUGAAGAAACAUUAGACUGGGCCAUGAUGAACGACCUUCUCACCCAAUCUGAUAACGAUUUGUUAUCAGCUCCAGCUACUGAUCAGGACAUGCUGCAACUCAGUGCUGCACUCGCUAAUCUUGAUACUGGGUUGGAUGACAAGCAGCCGGACCUUUUAAUGGCAGGAGAAUCAGAAGAACCAGGUGGCAGCGGCCUUGAAACAGAGGGCACCGAAACAGGAAAACAGAACAUUCCAAACAAACAGCAAAUGCAACCACAGCAGUUUAACGCCUGGCUAAAUCUGUUUUCUGAACUUGAUCCUAUCGCUCAGAGUAAAUCAGGAAAUGUUGCCUGAUAAGUCGUUACAUGGUCUCUAGUACAUGAGGUUACUGGUUAGUGUACUCCUAGUCUAUGCAAUGAAAUGGUGAGAUUUGUUGACUGGGUGUCCCAAUAUCGUGCACUUGAGUACACUUAUAUAAUUGUGGUCCAUGUUUUUAUCGGGAAAUUGUGUCCUCUUCAGCCGCCCUCCUACCGGGUAAAAUUGAGUUUUGAUUUUAUUCCUUGUGUUCCAUGAUUCCGAUCAUGAUGAUGGGAAUCAUGAACACCGUCCUGUGUUCCGUAAGAUACCACUGAAAUAUUCCUGAACUACAUCUCGCUGUAAUAUCACGUGUUAAGGAGUACUACAACUAACAGGGUCUCAUGUACUAGAUUCUAGAUGAACAUUAUUUAACGACUAUUGAUGUCUGUAGAAAAUAGCAGAAUAUAGGGGUAUCACGUGAUCCAUAUAACCUGCGGGGACUGUUACCUUAUAUGGGCAUCACGUGACUGGAGGUCUGGGACUUUCCGAUUAUCGGGACUGGAAUGUAAAUAUUACAUUAUAUAAAAGUCGAGUGGUAAUGUCGAUGUUUUCGCAAAAAUUCAACGUUACGAAGACUCAAAGUUGUUGCUGUUUAUAGUUUAUUACUUGCUAUCUUUUACUUUAAUUUACGUUUAACUAGAAAACUUAAUAUUAUGAGAGUACGUGAUUUGGUUUGAAGCAUGUGUUUAGUUUUUCACUUCUGGGAUAGAUUACUUUAAUUAUUGAAUUUCUUAAAGCCUCUUAAUAUAAAGUUGAUUUCGUAAACGGCCGAUAUGAUUUUUCAGAAAAAAAUUCAUUUUUCUAUGAAAGUCUCCAUGAGUUACAUUAAAAGAUUAAACAUUGACAGAUCUGAAGGUGUAAAACCUUCUGUACAAAUUCCGAAACCGAGUCAUUUAAACUAGUCCUAAACUAGCAGUUUUAUAAAAUAGAAUGUUAUUUGCGUGAAUAAACCACGAGUAAUCGCUGUUUAUCACAAGUUGAGAAAUACACGAACUAAUCGACUGUGGCCAGUGGCUGUGGCAUAUCAAGUUUCCGAAAAAUUCAAUGAGAUGUUUUGUAACGGCGAUGUGUGCACCGUUUAAUUGAACGUAACAGAGAAAAUGUUCGCUAUGGAGCCGAAGAUUCUGGUUGAUACUUUCGUCAAAUAAAACUGGUACUUCGUAAUGAAUUUAUUUUUUUCAAUUUGAUGCCAUCAAAAUAUUUAAUAAUUAAUUUGCUCUUUUUUUUUCAUUUCGACUGAUUUAGCAUGACAUUUCGUUAAAUUUGACCUUACUUUAACUAUUUAAUCAUUUCUCAAAUCUUGUAGUAAUUUGUACUUGCUUGCCGAUUUUAAUAAUAAGAUAAACAAUAGCUAUAUUUGCUGGCAAAGAGAGUAUUUGAUAAAUUAUUAUUUAGAGAGAUUGAUUAUAUGAAUACUAAUUAACUUGAUAUGAACUGUUAAAUGUGCAACUGUUUGGGUGAAAUUUUGUAAGUUAUGUUUAAGCGAGUUGUAAUCAUUAUUUUUCAUCCAUAAUUUCUGAUUUGUAAUUGCCACUGUGAUGGAUGUCUAGAUGUCCUAAAUCGCCUGUCUACCGAAUGUUAAGUUUGAAGAGCUG